UAAAGUUUAAGACUUUGUAUUCUGUUACGUGGACCUGGCUGCCUUCUCAAUGCGCAUGCGCAGCUGUGGGACACGUGAAGUCGACAGCAUGGCCGAGAAAAAGGAAGCAACGUUAGUAGACCGGUCCCAGGUGAAGAAGGCCGUCCAAGCCUUGCAGGCUUUCCUCAAGUCCAAGUCCAGCACAGAGUCUCUGUUUCUGGACGAAACCCAGCCGAUCAGCCUCCUCUUCACCCUGUGGAAGAUCCCCAAAGAGACGCAGAAUAUCCGCAUUCCUCUGCCUCAUGGCCAGCGGCCCGACACCGAGGAGGUUUGCCUCUUCACCAGAGAUGAGCCCAAAAUGACCGCAGAACAGACCCAGAGGUUCUAUAAGAAGCUGCUGGAGGAGAGAGGCGUCAAGAACAUCUCAGAGAUUAUACCCUACAAAUCCCUGAAGACAGAAUACAAACCGUACGAAGCCAAACGGCGCCUGCUGGGAAACUUCGACAUGUUCCUCUCGGAUCAGCGUGUCCGCCGCCUGCUGCCCUCCCACCUUGGGAAGCACUUCUACGAGAGAAAAAAAACUCCGCUGUGUGUAAACCUCCAGAGCAAACAUCUGGCCAGAGACAUCCAGAGGAUCAUCCAGGGAACCAGCCUGACGGUCACCAACAAAGGCUGCUGCUGUAUGGCGCGCGUCGCCCAUUCCGGCAUGACUGCUGAUGAGGUGACGGAAAACGUUGAAGCGGCGGUCCAGACGGUGGUGGCCAAGCUGCGAAUGAAGGGACCCAUAAUGAAGGUGAUCCAUUUAAAGAGUCAAACAUCUGUGGCGUUGCCCAUCUACACCUCAGACCUGAGCCAUCUCAGUGUGCUGGACUCCACUAACAGCAAGGAAGCUUCAGGGAAAAAGAAGGGGAAGAAGAACAAGGCAGAAGAUGAAAAGCAAGAAGAGACAAAGACGGAGCUGAAGAAAACGAAGAACAAGGAGGGAGAGGAGGAGGAAGACAUCCCGCAGCUGGUUCCCAUAGAAACGCCCAGUAAGAAACCCAAAGUGGAGAAGCCGUCCAGGAAGAAACAGAUGCAGAAAGCACCCAGACCUGCGAUGAAGAACGUCUCAAAGGUCCAAAGCAAACCAGCCAAGAAGACCGGCAAGAUGGAGCAGAAGGCAAGAAGAAAAGGGCUUAAAGGGAAAUGAUUGUCCUGCACAGACUCCCUAAGACUCGGUUCACAGGAUCAGCUUUACUUUCUGUUGGGUUUGCUAAAUGAACAGAACCAUGUUAUUAAAUCUAUCACCUGAAAUGAUCUUUGUCUGUUUCCUCGUCUCUGAAGACGCUUUGACUGCAGCAGAGUCAACUUUGGACGUUUUUCUUGGUCAGUUCAUCAAAUUGUUCUGGGAUUGUUUGAAGAAGAUGCUCUCAGAGGACGAUCCUGUUCUUUAUUCAGGAUGUGUACCGACAGGUUCAGAACCUCCUUCACUGCAGCUGAACCCGUCUCCUUGACGAUCUAAAAAUUGUUCUCAGCUGCCGUUUUCUGGGACACACUCAUGAUAAGACUUUUUGCUCACUUUUGCAGACAAAACCAGAAGAAAUGAGAACUUUUUAAGCUUAGGAACCGUUUCGCUAUGAUUAUUACCAACCUGAAUCUUCUGAAAUCAGUGAAUCGCCACAAAGUCUGCAAAACAUUUGUUGAUGUAAAUGUUGACCUUUUCCAUGCAUAGUAUGUUUGCAUACAGGCCACCUGAUUGGACUGUAGGGUCAGUCCAAACACUGCCACCUAGAGGUUAACCAGUGUAAACGCAAACAGUUGGCAGCGAGUCACCUGAGGAACAUCCUGCUUCUCCUGAGGUAUAAAAUAUUGUAUCAGCAGUUAUCUGGAAUAAAAUAUUGCAGCAAUCA